AUGUCAACUGCGGGAGCUGAUAAGGCUGGUAGAGCACGCGGUCGUGGUCGUGCACGUGUAGCACCAGGAGAAGAAGAGACUAGUGGUGAGCCAAGUGGAGCCGCUGCAGCUGAUGCAGCAGCACAAGCCUCUUCAAGCCAACAAUUAAUUACAGGAGCUGGUGGAACUGCAUCAUCACCGCAACGAUCUCUAAGUGGUGUAAGUAAAAUGUUUAUGGGUAGACUAGUUAGCCAGAUAGCAUCCAUUCCGCCAAGCCCUUCUUCUCAAUGGUCUGGUACAGCUUCAGGCGGUCCUGUGACACCCAGUUCUACUACAGCAGGAAGACUGGGAACCGGCGCUAUGGCAACAGCAUUCCACGAACGGCCUCAACAACCUCAGCGUCGUCCACCACAAAUGAUGCAAAUACCUCGUGGUCGUGGAAUAGAAACGAUGGUCCCAGAAUUCGCUUCAAUGGCACUUCAUGAGACUGCGUCACAAGGGCCACCAGCUGGACGAACCAGGUCUGUUAAUCCAACAACAUUGGUAUUGAAACAACCAGGAUUAGAAAAAAGAGGAAGUAGUGGUGAACUGAUAAGUUUAGUUACAAAUUAUGUUCGUAUAUUAGCUGCACCACAGUGGACAUUAUUUCAGUAUCAUAUUGAAUUUCAACCAAAUGAUAUAGAUUCAAAAAAAAUGAAACGUGAAUUAAUCAAUCAGCAUCGAGGAAUUUUAAGAGAUGUUGCUUUUGAUGGUCAACAAUUAUAUUCCUUUGAAGAUCUUGGACAAGAAUAUGAAUUACAAUCUCAUCAUCCUAGUUCUGGUGCUGAUAUACGUAUUAUUAUGCGGAAAACCGCUGCUAAUCCACCAGAAUCACCGAAUUUCUUUCAUUUAUCGAAUCUAAUUUGUCGCAAAUUAUUAGAAAUAGCCGGUUUGAAGUUGAUUGGCCGAAAUUAUUAUCAAUUUGAUGAACGAAUCGAUAUGCCAACGUAUAAGUUAACACUAUUUCCAGGAUUUUUGACAAAUGUUAAUGUUUACGAAGGACAACUAAUGAUCAAUGUUGAUGUAUCACAUAAAGUUUUGAGUAAUGUAACGAUAUAUGAACGUCUUCAAAAUAUAUUCAAUCAAGUUCAAGAUUUUAAAAGAGCACAAGACACUGCAGCCAGAGAAUUAGUUGGUCAAAUAGUCAUGACUAUUUACAACAAUCGCACAUAUCGUGUCGAUGAAAUUGCGUGGGAUAAAGAUCCGAAAUUUUUAUUUAAAAAACGCGAUGGAACAGAAAUACCGUUGACAAGAUAUUAUUCAGAACGUUAUCAAUUACGAAUAGAAGAUGAAGGUCAACCGCUGUUAGUCAGUCGUCCAUCUCGACGAGAUCGAAGAGCAGGAAUUACGGGACCCAUAUUGUUAAUACCAGAAUUAUGUAGAGAAACGGGCAUAUCUGAUGCAUUACGGCAAGACUAUAGCUUUAUGAAAGAAUUUGCUCUUCAUACUCAUAUUGAUCCUACUACAAGAUUUAAUCGAUUAAGUGCUUUUAUUCAUGGUCUAAAUAGGAAUAAUGAAGUGCAAAAUGAAUUAGCGAAAUGGCAAAUUAGUGUGGAUGAAGAUUUAGUUGAACUUGAAGGCAGAGUACUUGAUUCAGAACAAAUUAUCUAUGGAGAUAAAGCAAUUCGUUAUAAGCCAUCCGAGGCUGAUUGGUCUCGUGAAGGACGCUCGCUCAAGCAUAUAGCAGCCAAAGAUCUGACACAUUGGAUCGUAUUUUUUACAGGAAAAGAUGCUCAGUUAGCUGAACAAAUGGUUGAUGCGAUGGGACAAGUGUGCACACCGUUUGGAAUGCAAAUGCAAUAUCCAGAAAUGGUACAGUUACAAAAUGAUCGUCCUGAAACAUAUUUAGAAGCAAUCAUGGCAAAGGUUCGUAGAAAUACUCAAAUGGCCGUAUGUGUACUGACAAAUAAUCGAAAAGAUCGUUAUGAUGCAUUAAAAAAAUAUUUUUGCUUGGACAAUCCUAUACCAUCUCAAAUGGUUUUAACAAAAACAUUGACAAAACGAAAUCAACUGAUGUCUGUUGCAACCAAAAUUGGAAUUCAAAUGAAUGCGAAGUUGGGUGGAGAAAUAUGGGCUGUUCAAAUACCAUCUCGUACAUUGAUGUUAAUUGGUAUGGAUGCGUAUCAUAAACGUGGUCAACCAAGUGUAGCUGGAUUUGUUGCAUCGAUUAAUCCGUCAUGCACACGAUUUUAUUCGAGAGUUAUUUAUCAAAGAACAAAUCAAGAAUUAGUUGAUGGUCUCGCAGUUUGUCUAAGAGAUGCUCUUCAAGAAUAUCUUCGCUGUAAUGGUACAUUACCGGAAAAAAUUGUUAUGUAUCGAGAUGGGGUUAGUGAUGGUCAAUUACAGGCAGUUUAUGAGCACGAACUACCACAAAUAUUAGAAACAUUUCCAAAAAUACAAUCUGGAUAUGAUCCAAAAUUUGCUAUGGUUAUCGUUAAAAAACGUGGCAGUACACGUUUUUUUGCGAAAAAUACGACUGCCUUAUAUAAUCCACCACCGGGAUCAGUUAUUGAUAAUACAGUAACAAAUUCAGAUUGGUAUGAUUUUUAUUUGAUAUCACAAUGUGCGCGACAAGGAACUGUUGCACCAACACAUUUCAAUGUUAUUUGGGAUCGAACGCAAUUAAAAGUGGAUCAUAUGCAACGAUUAACAUUUAAAUUAUGUCAUAUGUAUUACAAUUGGCCGGGUACAAUUCGUGUUCCAGCAAUGUGUCAGUACGCGCACAAACUAGCCUAUUUAAUUGGACAAUCGUUAAAUCAAGAUUUUGAUCAUACAUUAGCCGAUAAACUCUUCUAUUUAUAA